CGUAACCGCGGGCGCUGUGGGGGCGGCCCAGAGGUGGUUGCGGUCGCUAUGGAGCUGCGGACCCGGCGCCGCCUGACAAACAUCAGCAUCGGCCUCCUCUUCCUCUUCAGCGGCAUCGAGUAUGCUGUUAUCCUUCCGACAAUCUGGGCUUACCUUCAGACACUCAAUGCCGAACCUUAUUUUUUGGGCUUGGGACUGUCUGCAUUCAGCUUCACUGGGCUGCUCGCGGGCCCCAUCUUUGGACACCUGUCAGACCGAACCCGGAAGACCAAGUCAAUCAUAUUGUUUGCCAAUUUGUUUGAGAUUGCGGGCAAUUUCAUGUACUUCAUGGGCUAUUCAAAAUGGUUACUGCUGGCAAGUCGGCUCGUAGCAGGGAUUGGCACGGGCGCGGGGGCAUCGAUAUUCGGCUACCUUACGCGUUCCACUACGUCCGAGGAACGAGCCACUGUGUUUGCUGUUGUGAUGGCUGCCCGACAGGCUGGACUGCUGAUCGGGCCAGGAUUUAAUCUAUUCCUGAGACUCUGUAAAUUCAAGCUGGGGCCAUUUGAAGUGAAUAAGUACACAUCACCUGGGCUGUUCAUGUGUUUUAUGUGGAUCGUUCUUCAAAUAAUUAUAGUCUUUAUGUAUUAUGACCUUCCCGUGGUUCACAAAUACGAUCAUCAAACAACAACAGCGGUUUCGGGCCCAUUGGAGGAGGAAGUAAAGGCCCUGGUCCAGUCUGAUGAGGGCUUUGAGGCUCCGGAGAACUUGGGGUACGGUAGCAUUAACGACAGUGAUCAGUUACUGGCUGCCACGACUGGUGGGACGGUCGAAGACGAGUAUCGGUACAUCCCCAACGGGCAUGUAGAGGAUGAAGACAAACGGAACGAGAGUCCCUUGCACAAUUUCAGUGCCACUAAAGAGUAUCUCCGUGAGGAAGUGGUGGUGGUUCUUACAGCCCAGUUCAUUACGCUCUUCAAUCAGACAGCUCUAGAGACAAUGGUGACUCCGAUUACCCAGAAAUAUUUCAACUUUGGAGAGCUGGAGAACAGUCUGAUGUAUUGUUUAUGUGGGGUUGAGGUGAUAGCUGGAUUCUUUUUUGUGAGGUGGCUGAGUGCAAAGUUUGCUGAUCGCGUCAUCCUAGCCGUGGGGCUGAUCAUAUGCAAUGUUUCUUGUGUCUGGUGCUUAAUCUUCCUGGCGAACCCCAGAGGGAGCUUUGCCACCUUACUGUCCGAGUUUGUAGUCGGUGUGUUCCUCCAAAUUCUCGGCCUGCCAUUUGUUGCCGUUUCGCAAGUCUCUUUAUUCUCAAAGGUUACAGCAGAGAAAACACAAGGGUUUAGUCAAGGACUACGGCGUUCAGUGGGUGGGAUCGCUACAAUACUGGGCCCAAUGUGGGCAGGAGGACUCACUGACAAUCUCUAUGUGAUGCUGGGAGUGAUGAUGGGUCUUCUGGUGCUUCUGACUGUGAUGGUGACCUUUUCGUACAGCUAUCUGGUCGAACCUUGUCCUGUUGUAGAUUUCACAUGUGAACAGGAAGAGUGCGGAGGAUGAUAACUGCGAGAGACAUACGUGUCCCAAGGAGGAAAAAAUACCAGGUCUCUGAAGGAUCUGUGCUGCUAUUGUGAAUUCUGAAGCACCUUCUGUGACAUUUGGUCCCAUAUUUAAUAUGAACACUAUGUGCAGUUUUACUUUGUCUGUAUAUCUUGGCAACUGGAAGGGGGGGUGGGGGGAGAAGGAUGGAAGAAUCGAGGUGACAUUUCCAUUUACUAUAAAAAAUUGAUGUUCGAGAGAACAGUGCAAGAUGUGAAGAAAUCAACGCAGUGUAUUCCUGUCUGUCUUAGGCCCUGUACAGAUACGCAAUGACAUACACAUGAUCUUGAAGGCAUUUUAGACAUUGCAAGCCUUGUGGUUUUGUGUGGCAGUUUGUUAAUAAAAUAAAUCAAUGUUACAAAACAAAAUAGAGUUUCAAAGAUAAUGCGAGCCUCCGUUCAGUAUUUGUUCAGCCGUGACCGCGGGUAUCAAUAAUUAAGAUGGCAAUCUCGAGGACAACAGAUGCUGCCACUUUGUGAAAAUCCUACACUUGUCAUGAUUUAUUUAACUGGGGCAUGUUUUGUAUUGAUGCCCAGUUCACUGUGUUCAAAGCCAGCAAUAAAUUACUGAGUAAUGUUGUGGUCCGUUUACAGCUUAAAAAAAAAUUAGCUCCUGAGAAUCUCUUAUCAAGGCAUCGCAAUGCCCUGGAGCAUCUUUGUACUCUUUCGAAUAUAUUUCGGAUCUACAGAUAUUUCGGGAAAUCGAUUGAAGUUUGGAGAAGCGAAAUUUAAGCACUGUUCCAGGAAUUCUGCAUCUGUAUUUACUUGAUUUUGCUGUAAUCUGUCAAGUGUUUGUUUCCGAAUUAUUCUUGAGCUCACUGACUCUGUGCCAAGCGAGGCAUCAGUUGAAAUAUUGUUUUACAAUAAUAAAUCCUCAUCCAAACCA